GGGCAGGCUACGGAGAGGAGAAGGAGUGCAGAGAUCCAGAGCACAAACCUGGGGAGAUCCAGGAGCCUUUGCUAAACUGGGACCUGUUGGCAAACCUGGGAGGCCCACAUUAGUAGAUGAGUGAAGUGAGGCUCAGACAUGAGUCCUGCACUCAGGAGACAGGGCCUCUGCAGGCCUGGCUGAAGCUCUCAAGCCUGACUCCUCCUCCAGCCCAGGCAUCUGCAGAAACUUCACAACAGGAAAUGAGCUGAGUAAUGUUGAAACUCCACUCUCACAGCUCAGAGGAAGAGCAUCUGCGCAGGCUCUCUGAUGCCUAGCUUCCUGGAGGGGCCAGAGUUUCUUUCACUUUCAAAGAAUACAUUGACUAGCUGAGGAGCCUUGGCGUGGGACACACAUCAGUGAGCCUCUUAGAAGAGCAGGGGUCAGAUAAAUGAUCUUAAUAACCUAAAGAAGAAACCUUGGACAAGCUAAGAACUCCCAACUCAACAUAAUGAUAAGCACACCUGCCUGACAGGAAAGUCAGCGCAGUAAGGAGAACACCCACUGACAUCAUUCAUGAAACUACAGAGAACAUAUCCACUGAUAAACUUUCCUCCCAGAGUUCCCUCUUCUGCCCUAUAAAGCCCAAGCCCUGCACCUGGACACACAGUCUCCAUCCCCAGGAGAGACUGGAGUCCUUCAGAUGUCCUGACCAGAGGACAAUUGUCCCAGUAAAGGCUACUCUACUCUUUCUUUUAUUUCCAGCUCUCCUCUAUCAGUUCCAAUCAAACACCUUUUCCCAGCACAGAAAUGGCUGACAGAGACAAGAAUUCACUGGCCUCCUGCUUGGAGCAACAAGAGAAGGGAAACAUGAAGCUGUAUGGACAAGCGCUGCACAGUCAGGCAUGAUCCGGGGGCCCUAUCAACACAGGAGCAGCUCAGUCCCAAGAGGCUAGUGCCAAAGAGGAAGCUCAGCAUAAGGGUCAAAAGCUCUUGGACCCCUCCCACCACACCUGGAAACAGACCUAGAGAUGCAGCAGCCUUUUUCUCUGUCAGAGGAGGACUUAAUGCAAAAAAUACAUCAGAAUGAAGAGAGAGAGAAUCUUUACCACACUGCGUCCUGGAAAACCAAGGAUUUGCUCCAAAAUUUCACACAGCUAUUACUUCUACAAAAAUCUUGCCCAAGAGGCUGGGACACCUUGGUCUGGAAAAGAUGGCGUAAAAGUAAACCAGAGGAGAGGGGACACCUGAUUGAGAUCCAAGAAUUAUUUUAUCCAAACCCAGAUACCCAGGAAGAGCCUCAACUAGUCGUAUUAGAGGGGGCUGCUGGGAUUGGGAAGUCAACACUAGCCAGGCAGGUGAGGAGAGCUUGGGAGGAAGGCCAGCUCUACAGGAAUCGCUUCCAGCAUGUCUUCUACUUCAGCUGCAGAGAGCUGGCCCAGUGCAAGCAGCUGAGUCUGGCUGAGCUCAUAACAAAAGACCAGACUGUGCCUGCAACUCCCAUCAAGAAGAUCCUGUCUCAGCCCGAGAAGUUGCUCUUCAUCUUGGAUGGCAUAGAUGAGCCAGCAUGGGUCUUGGGAGAGAAAAAUCCCAAGUUCUGUCUGCACUGGAGCCAGCCACAGCCUGUGCACACACUGCUGGGCAGUUUGCUGGGGAAAUCCAUCCUGCCUGGGGCUUUCUUGUUGCUCACAGUUCGGACCACAGCUCUACAGAAGUUCAUUCCUUCUUUGGGGCAGCCACGUUGGGUGGAAGUCCUGGGCUUCUCUGAGUCUGGGCAGAAGAAAUAUAUCUACAAAUAUUUCACAGAGAAAAGAGAAGCAAUUAAAGCUUUUAGAUUUGUUAAAUCAAACCCAGUGCUCUCAACACUGUGUCUGGUGCCCUGGGUAUCCUGGCUGGUCUGCACUUGCCUGAAGCAGCAGAUGCAACAGGGAAAAGACCUCUCACUGACCUCACGGACCACCACAGCCCUCUGCCUGAAAUACCUUUCCCAGACAAUACCAGCCGAGCACCUGGGGACCCAUCUCAGAAGGCUCUGCUCACUAGCUGCUAAGGGAAUCUGUACAAGAAGGACCCUGUUCAGUGAAUUAGCUCUCCAGCAGCAAGGGUUGUCUGAGGAUGUCAUCGACAAUUUCCUGAAGGUGGGUGUCAUUCAAAAGCAGCCCAGCUCUCUGAGUUACAGCUUUGCCCACUUGUGUCUCCAGGAGUUCUUUGCAGCAAUGUCCUGCAUCUUGGUGGAUAGUGAAGAUAGAUAUGGUGAUAUGGAAAACUACAGAAUUGUGGAAACACUGAUAGAAGUGUAUGGAAAACAUGACCUGUUUGAUGCACCCAUUUUGCGCUUCCUAUUUGGUCUUUUAAGUAAAAAAGGAAUGGGAGAAAUGCAGAAGAUCUCUGCCUGCAGGUUUCCUUGGAGGACAUGGUUGUACCUGCAAUGGCACAUCCUAGAGGAAGCCCUGUACCAUCAACCAUAUUCUCUGGGUUUGCUCCAUUGUCUGUAUGAGAUUCAGGAUAAGGAGCUCCUGACAUUUGUGAUGGAAAAUUAUCAAGAAACAAGGAUGCAUGCCCCAGUGGAUAUGCUACAUCCAAGGUUCCUGACAAACAUGAAGCAUUUGCUGGUCCAGACAGACAUGGAGCUCAUGGUGGUCACUUUCUGCAUUAAGUUCUGCUGCCAUGUGGAGAGGCUUCAGCUGAAUCAUGGUGGACAGCAGGAGAAAGUGCUGAUGGCCCCGAGGAUGGUUCUGUCCAGGUGGACCCCAAUCACUAAUGACAGUUGGAAGAUUCUCUUCUCCACUCUUAAGUUCACAGGAAACCUGAAGGAGCUGGACCUAAGUGGAAAUCCACUGAACAACUGUGCAAUGCAAAGUCUUUGUAAGACCCUGAGGUACCCUGGAUGUCACCUAAAGACAUUGUGCCUUGUCAACUGUGGCCUCACAUCCAUCUCCUGUGCGUACCUGGCCUCAGUGCUCAGGGCCAGCUCCAGCCUGGCUGAGCUAGACCUACAGCUGAAUGACCUGGGAGACCGUGGUGUGAAGCAGCUUUAUAAGGAGAUCAAGAAUCCUGACUGCAACCUCAGAAUCCUGUGGCUGGACCAGGCCCCUCUCAGUGACCAGGUGAUGAUGGAGCUCAGGGCCCUGGAGGCAAAGAAUCCACAGCUGCUCAUUUCCAGCACAUGGAAGCCACGUGUGAUGGAUCCUACUAAGAAGCGGGAUGGAGAAGAAAUGGAUGAUAGCCCAAAAUCACGUAAGCGGCAGAGACUACAGACAGAGGAGGGGUGCUCACAACUUGCACCACAAGAGACCUUCCAUCCAUCUCCUCCUGAGUCUCCAAAAGACAAGCACCUGAAACCACUGGGCACUGAAAAUGACUUCUGGGGCCCUACAGGACCUGUGGAUACUGAGGUGGUUGACAGAGAGAGGAACCUGUACCGAGUUCAGUUCCCUGUGCCUGGUUCCUACCACUGUCCCAACACAGGACUCCGCUUUGUGGUGACAAGGGCAGUGACCAUCGAGAUUGGAUUCUGUUCCUGGAGCCAACACCUGGACAAGACUCCCUUGCAGCACAGUCACAUGGUGGCUGGGCCUCUGUUUGACAUCAAGGCUGAGCAGGGAGCUGUGGCUGCUGUGUACCUCCCUCAUUUUGUGGCUCUCCAAGGGGGACAAGUGGACAUCUCCUGGUUCCAUGUGGCCCACUUUCAAGAGCAUGGGAUGGUUCUAGAAACCCCAACCAGGAUAGAACAGCAUUAUGCAGUACUGGAAAACCCAAACUUCUCCCCAAUGGGAGUUCUAAUGAGAAUGAUACCUGCUUUUGGACACUUCAUCCCCAUCACUUCCAUCACAUUGAUCUACUAUCACCUCAGUCUCAAGGAAGUGACAUUUCACCUUUACCUGGUCCCUAAUGACUGCACCAUUCGGAAGGCCAUUGAUGAUGAAGAAAUGAAAUUCCAGUAUGUUCGAAUAAACAAGCCACCCCCAGUAGACUCUCUUUAUAUUGGUUCCCGCUACAUUGUGUCUGGUUCUGAGAAGCUGGAAAUCAUCCCAAUGGAACUAGAGCUGUGCUACCGGAGCCCUGGAGAAUCCCAGCUCUUCUCUGAGAUCUACAUUGGCCACAUGGCUUCAGGGAUUAAGCUGCAAAUCAGAGACAAGAAGCAUAUGAAUCUCAUAUGGGAAGCCUUGUUGAAACCAGGGGACCUCAGGCCUGCACCACCCAUGAUCCCUGCAGCCCACAAAGAAUCUCCUGCCUCACUACACUUCCUGGACCAGCAUCGGGAGCAGCUAGUGGCCCGAGUGACAUCAGUGGACCCUGUCUUGGACAACCUGCAUGGUGCUGUACUGAGUGAAGAGGAAUAUGAGGCGGUGCGGGCUGAAGCCACCAACCAAGACAAGAUGAGGAAGCUCUUCAGCCUCAGCCGGUCCUGGACCAGGGCCUGCAAAGACCGAGUCUACCGAGCUCUGAAGGACACCCAUCCUCAUCUCAUCAUGGACCUCUAUGAGAAGUCAGGUGGUGUCUCUGAGGAAUCCUGACAUCUUAGUAGCUGAGGAGUGAGCAUUCUCACUUGAGUCCUGGCUCUGCCUGACCUUCCUUUGGCGCUUGGUUUCUUCAUCUAUAAACCAGUGGCCACCAGUGUUGCCUUUCAAGUGGCAAUGUUUCCAGGACAACUCUUGGGGACCCAGAUGUUCCUUCCUGGCCUCCCCCAGUCAGACGUUUACAUUGGGUGAGCAUCUCAGUAAAUGUCCAGUGGAGCCAGCAAGUCUAUACAGGCCUUGUCCAGCCUACUUUGUGGUGUGAGUGGCCAGCCUUGAGCCCAUCUGACCCACAAUAAUUCCUGGAGAAUGGAGACAAGGAGAUGAUACAUUUCCCUGAAAAGUGAAUGUUGUGGUGGCAUUCCUGCUGAGCUGCACUUGGCCUGGCUCCAGAGAGCAGCACCUAGCCCUAAUUCAUCUUUUGUUUAGCAGACACCUUUUGUUUUCUUUGUUGCCCUCCAUGUGAAUCCUGUCUUGGAGUUUCCCAAAGAUACAAAGGCCCAUGCAAAAUUUGGUUCAGGAAACCCAGAAAACCAUGGUACCUGAGAAACCGAGGAAUUUGCACUUGGCAUUGUAUUGUUGGGAGCCCAUUUCAGGUUGUUUUGAGCAUAUGGAAAUUAACUGGCUAAACUGUAUUGGAGAGAAAUAAAACUGCCCUAGGCGAAG